AUCCACAGCGAUGAUCUCACAGGCCGGACAAUUCGCUGUGGCUGGAAUAAUUGAGAGGAUUGAAAGACUUCAUCCAGACCCUAUAUAAGUUCAUGAUUCUCUGGAGAGACCUCAACUACGAUCUCGAAGUUCCGGUUCGCUCUGUGAAGAGAUCUGAGUGUAUCCAAGACCCCCCAGAGGAGGGAACAUGCAGAUGAGAUUGACUUUUGUGUCCAGCGCGUGGGGACCAGGCUGGUCUCCCGUGGCCUCCAGCUGUCCAGGCCUGCCCUUGGGCUGCGGGCGCCUCCCGGGGGCGUCGCGGUCGCCGCGGGGCUUGGGGUUCGGGGCGCCCGAUCCGGGCGCGCGGGCUUCCCCCACCCCCGGCGGCGACCCCACCUCCCGCCCCCGCUGUGCGCGCGCGCGUGGGUCCGUCCGUCUGUCUGCUCUCUCGACGUCAGUGGGAAUUUCCAGCCAGGAAGUGAGAGAGUGAGCGAGAGAGGACGAGAGAGAAGUACCGAGGCGAGCCGGGCAGGAAGAGGAGGUUUCGCCACCCGAGCAGCCCGGCUGCGCGCUGACGGCUUCCCGUGCCCUGCGCGCCCCCGGCCUGCCGCCGCCGCCGCCGCCGCCCUCGGCCUGCUCGCGGGCCGGCUCCAGCAGCGCAGGCCGGAGCUCAGGGCCCCGCCGCGCCCGGCCCGCCCCGCGCUUCUCCGCCCGCGCCGCAGCCAUGGCGCGCCGCUGAGCCGCCGGCCGGCGCCAGGACCUUACUCGGGCUCCCGCCGGUCCACGCUGCCCCGCAGCGGGAGCCCGCAGGCGCGGAAAGGCCGCGCCUCACCUCCAGGGUACCCUCAGAGGCCAGAAGAGGGUGUUGGCCCCCUGUAACUGGAGCUUGACCGUCGUGAGCUGCCCCAUCUUCAACAUGGCAGACGACGAUCCUUUCGGAACUGGGCAAAUGUUUCAUUUGAAUACUGCUUUGACUCACUCCAUAUUUAAUGCAGAAUUAUAUUCAACAGAUAUACCACUGUCAACAGCAGAUGGCCCAUACCUUCAAAUACUAGAGCAACCGAAACAGAGAGGAUUUCGAUUCCGCUACGUGUGCGAAGGCCCGUCCCACGGAGGGCUUCCCGGUGCCUCCAGUGAGAAGAACAAGAAAUCUUACCCGCAGGUCAAAAUUUGCAACUAUGUGGGGCCUGCAAAGGUUAUCGUUCAGUUGGUCACAAAUGGAAAAAAUAUUCACCUGCACGCCCACAGCCUGGUGGGCAAGCACUGUGAGGACGGCAUAUGCACCGUGACAGCAGGACCCAAGGACAUGGUGGUUGGCUUUGCAAACCUGGGAAUACUUCACGUGACUAAGAAAAAGGUAUUCGAAACACUGGAAGCACGGAUGACAGAGGCGUGUAUAAGGGGCUAUAACCCUGGACUUCUGGUGCAUUCUGACCUUGCCUAUCUACAGGCAGAAGGCGGAGGAGACCGGCAACUCACAGACAGAGAGAAGGAGAUCAUCCGCCAGGCAGCUCUGCAGCAGACCAAGGAGAUGGACCUGAGUGUGGUGCGCCUCAUGUUCACAGCCUUCCUCCCCGACAGCACGGGCAGCUUCACUCGGAGACUGGAACCUGUGGUGUCAGACGCCAUCUAUGACAGCAAAGCCCCCAACGCGUCCAACCUGAAGAUCGUAAGAAUGGACAGAACAGCAGGCUGCGUGACGGGAGGGGAAGAAAUCUAUCUUCUCUGUGACAAGGUCCAGAAAGAUGACAUCCAGAUUCGGUUUUAUGAAGAGGAAGAAAAUGGUGGAGUUUGGGAAGGAUUUGGGGACUUUUCCCCCACGGAUGUUCACAGACAGUUUGCCAUUGUCUUCAAAACACCGAAGUAUAAGGAUGUCAACAUUACAAAGCCAGCUUCCGUGUUUGUUCAGCUUCGGAGAAAAUCGGAUUUGGAAACUAGUGAACCGAAACCCUUUCUCUACUACCCCGAAAUCAAAGACAAGGAGGAAGUACAGAGGAAACGCCAGAAGCUCAUGCCCAACUUCUCCGACAGUUUCGGCGGCGGCAGUGGAGCGGGAGCGGGUGGCGGAGGCAUGUUCGGUAGUGGCGGUGGCGGUGGAGGGAGUACCGGAAGUCCUGGCCCAGGGUAUGGCUUCCCGCACUAUGGAUUUCCUGCUUACGGUGGGAUUGCAUUCCAUCCCGGAGCCACUAAAUCCAACACAGGCAUCACCCAUGGCACCAUAAACACCAAAUUUAAAAACGAGCCUAGAGAUUGUGCCAAGAGUGACGACAGGGAGAUUCUGAAUCCCCCUGAGAAAGAAACACAAGGUGAGGGGCCCAGCCUGUUCAUGGCCAGCACCAAGACCGAAGCAAUUGCCCCGGCAUCCACCAUGGAAGACAAGGAAGAGGAUGUGGGGUUUCAGGAUAACCUCUUUCUUGAGAAGGCGCUGCAGCUCGCCAAGCGGCAUGCCAACGCCCUCUUCGACUACGCGGUUACGGGAGAUGUGAAGAUGCUGCUGGCGGUACAGCGCCAUCUCACCGCGGUGCAGGAUGAGAACGGGGACAGUGUCCUACACUUAGCCAUCAUCCACCUUCAUGCUCAGCUCGUGAGGGAUCUGCUAGAAGUGACAUCUGGUUCGAUCUCUGAUGACAUCAUCAACAUGAGAAACGAUCUGUAUCAGACACCUUUGCACUUGGCCGUGAUCACCAAGCAGGAAGAUGUGGUGGAGGACUUGCUGAGGGUUGGGGCUGACCUGAGUCUUCUGGACCGCUGGGGCAACUCUGUCCUGCACCUAGCUGCCAAAGAAGGACAUGAUAAAAUCCUCGGGGUCCUACUCAAGAACAGCAAGGCAGCACUCCUUAUCAACCACCCCAACGGGGAAGGUCUGAAUGCCAUUCACAUAGCUGUGAUGAGCAACAGCCUGUCAUGUCUGCAGCUGCUUGUGGCUGCUGGGGCAGAAGUCAACGCUCAGGAGCAGAAGUCUGGGCGCACGGCACUGCACCUGGCCGUGGAGUACGACAACAUCUCGUUGGCCGGCUGCCUGCUCCUGGAGGGUGACGCCCUCGUGGACAGCACCACCUACGAUGGGACGACACCUCUACACAUAGCAGCUGGAAGAGGGUCCACCAGGCUGGCAGCUCUUCUCAAAGCAGCAGGAGCAGACCCCCUGGUGGAGAACUUUGAGCCUCUCUAUGACCUGGACGACUCUUGGGAGAAGGCUGGAGAAGAUGAGGGAGUAGUGCCAGGCACCACACCCCUGGACAUGGCUGCCAACUGGCAGGUAUUUGACAUACUAAAUGGGAAACCAUAUGAGCCAGUGUUCACAUCUGAUGACAUACUCCCACAAGGGGACAUUAAGCAGCUGACAGAAGACACGAGGCUGCAACUCUGCAAGCUCUUGGAAAUUCCUGAUCCCGACAAGAACUGGGCCACUCUGGCGCAGAAGUUAGGUCUGGGGAUAUUGAACAAUGCCUUCCGGCUGAGUCCCGCCCCUUCUAAAACUCUUAUGGACAACUAUGAGGUCUCUGGGGGGACCAUCAAAGAGCUGGUGGAGGCCCUGCGACAGAUGGGCUACACAGAGGCCAUUGAAGUGAUCCAGGCAGCCUUCCGCACCCCGGAAACCACAGCCUCCAGCCCCGUGACCACUGCUCAGGCCCACUUGCUGCCUCUCUCGUCCUCCUCCACAAGACAGCACAUAGGUAAAGAGGCUGAGAGGUUUCCUUUCCUCUCCGGCAGGGUCUCUGUGCCCUGUGACAUGGCACGACACUUCCUUUCCCUAGUCUUUUCCUGGACAGGUCUUCCUACGUGGCAUGCCGCUCAGUCCCCGCCGUGCUCCCGUACACACAGACCGGCAGUUCCACAGACACUCACAUUGGCAUAUGUGUCACUUAGAAUCCCAGGAAACAAUGGACACUGCUUCUCAUACCUGUUAAAUUUAGAGAAAGAUUCUAAGAAAGAUCCACAGGGGUCACAGGACAACGAGUAGGACCCAGAAAAUAUGCAUACUGUAUGACCCUUCCUUCCGGGCCACCACCCCUGGGUCCUCCACCUCCUCCCCGCCUCGGGAGUCUCCUUCCCUCAGCUCCUGCCCUGCUCGUGGCCCUGACUUUGUCUCCCCACAGUAACAGCCUUCCUGUCGUCCCCCCACAUACAUCUGUACAAAUGGAUCCUGGGACAGACCCUGAAUUAUGUCUUGCACUCUGUCUGUGCUUUGUCCAAACUUCAGCACCCUUUCUUUUUGUUCACUUUCUACCCUAACCACAAAACUCCACUGAAACCAGGGAAAGCUAGCAGUACCCAGGCGGGAGGGCUCAGAAGGUGGUGUCUGCCCCAGGGAAUCUGUCUACCACCUUCAGCAGGCCCUGGAUACCCAAUUCUUGUCUCUUUGUCCUGUUCUGUCCGUUCCUUCCCCACCUGCUGUGGAUAACCUAGUUGAUAGGAUAUAACUUCUCAUCUUUAAAAUCAGAAAUGUAGAGAAAAAUAAGACAUCACUUCCUUGUUACAUCCUUAAGCUGAGUUCAGGAUUCUCAGAAGAGUAUGAAAGCCACUGCCUACCUCACUGCUGACCCCUGGUGUCCGGUUCGGUCCCCACCUCUCCUAGGCUCUCCUCCAAGUUGCCUGAUUUGGCCCUCAUCCUGCUCCUCUGUGGCUGCAGCAGUCAUAGCUGAUAGCCCUCACUAGCAGUGUCUACUCAGGACUUCGUCACCUCGCACCCAUUCUGUCACCCACACCCACCCUGCUGCCUCCUCCUUACCACUGUGCAUAGGCAGGCCCAGUCCUAAGCUUCCUCCUCUGCAGAGACAUCUGUAUAUCUGUGCAUGUAUGAGGCCUGUGUGUACAUGUUCAUGUAUGUGUGCACUGGUGUCCUUACAGCCUUUUUAUACAUACUUAGUUCUGGUUUUUUCUCACAACUCCACGCCUCCCAUCCCCCAUCCCUGCCCCUGCCCCGUGUCCCCACUUGGACCCUCUUCCUCCCUGUCUCCCCAUCUCUCUCCCCACCUUCACAUGUGUUCUGUUACCCUCCCUACGCUCACAUCCUUUUAAAGCCUGUUUCCCACCCCCUGAAGGCCCCUUCUAGUUCUCUGGCCUCUGCCCACACUCACUCCCACAUAAAUACGCAUACGUGACUGUUGGAAGCUGGGAUCCGCACGUGAGAGAGAACGGUAUUUAUGUCUCUGGGCUUCCUUGAUUAGUAUUCUCCAGUUCCAUCCAUUUCCCUGCAAAUUUUAUCUUUCUUUAUGGUCGAAUAAAUUUUAUCAUCUGCACACAACUCCUUACUCUUGCACAAACUCACACUGGCCACGUCUGUCAAAAGCAUAGCCAGGCUAUGACAAAAUCUUCCUGGCAUCCAGUGCCUCAGGUUCAACCCCAAACGUUUCCUCACCUCAUGGCAGAUGCCCAGCUCAGCCCAUCCUCAAUGCUUGCCUGAAAUCCACAGUGGCUCCUAGUCAGCCUCUCUGUCCCCUCCGUCCCUCCAUCUGUCCUCUGCACCACACCGAUGUGACGUGAUGGGGCUCCUAUCAUAAUCAAAAACUAAAUACUUAGCAGCUAGGAACACAGUGAGGGUGAGAACCUAACUUUGACCUCUACUGUAUCUUUGGGAGGGCCCAGGAGGGUGACAAACAUGUGUAAUCCCAGUAGUCUGCAUGGAGGAGGAACAGACACUGAGAGGGGCGGAUCCAUGGGGCUCACUGGCCAGUCUCAAAAAAACAAGAUGGAGAAGGACCAAGGAAGUCACACAAUGUCGACCUCUCCCCACAUGCACACAUGUGCACACAUCCCACAAACACAAAGUGAAUUCUUAAAUAUUGUAUUGCAUUUCCCUAGUUAUGACCAACUUACAAGAAGAGGUUUGGUUGGGCACGAAGUUUAUAAUUUCUAUUGCCUUCGGGGUAGAGCAAAGCCCUUCAUCAUGGAGGAAGCAUGGGGUAGAGGAAUCCUACUCAUUGUCCAGGGGUGUGGAAGUGCAGAGAGAUGGGGAGGAGCCAGAGCACCGGCUCUAUUUCAAGGCCACACCCUCAAUGACCGAAUUUCCUUCUUUGAGGCUCCACCUUCAAAGAGUUGCAUCACCUCCAAAGAAAGUCACAGGCUGGAAGCCAGGCCUUUACUUAGCACACGCCUUUGUAGGGCAUUGUGAUAAAGAGUAAGCCUCUAAAUACUGCACAGGCCCCGUUACAUAACAGCAAAUAAAGACAGCUGAUUGGCUGAGUUAACAGCGGCACAGGACUCAGGCAUGGCCAUGGAGUCUCAGUGUUCCGACACUAAGAUUCAGUGACGAGAUUCGAGCCUUUUGCUUAGUCAGUGUUGGACUUCUGUUUCUUCAGUUGCUCUAUACAGAGAUAAUCUGCUCUGGUCAGAUCCCUGGGGAUAAGCUUUCAGUAUAGAUACAUUUUUUUUUUAAUAAAACAGCCUCAUUGUCUUGCACCAGAAAAACCAUUUUCCGCACUGCGUGUUAUUUAAAAGUCCGUUCAGCGCAGAGAGGCGUCAUUUUUAGUUCCUGCUUCUCUGAGGACUUGAUUUUGCCGUGUGUUCAGCAGUUUCCCCAGCUGUAAGAAAGUAAAAUAAUAGAGCAGUUAGGAAAACACGCCUCAUUUUAAAAAGGAAAACGUGUUUAUUCUGAAUCAAGAGAACUCAGAGCAGAUUCUGACAAACAGAAAGAUGGACUCUUGGCCCGCUCUGACCCUGCAGCGGUGCCUAACGUCAUUCGACAGCGCCUGCCCUUCACACGGCCAAGCAACAUGGACGGCACGGGGCGGGACGUGUGCUGGGUGGAAGCAUAUCCUUCCGUACAGUAGCCCACCGCAGAGCCUGGGAAGGGAGCCCCGCUUCCACCGCUGUGGAAGGUGUUCUAGUUCUAGUAUGGUGCUGUGACUACACUCUCUGGGUUUCUGUCAGCUGCCAGGUCAUCCAUCACUGACGGAUGACAGGGCAGGAACUCAAAGAAUUUGAGUCAGAAACUAUUGAGGACUGCAGCUGGCAGCCUCGAGGCUCACGCUGAGCUCGCUUUCUUACACAGCUCGGGACUGUGCUGUCUACAGUGGCCCACAUCGGUUAACUGUCAGGACCGUCCCCUCAGACAUGCCCUCACACCAGUCUCAUCUGGCUGGUCCCUCAUUUGCACCUCCUUCUGCAGGUGAUUCUAGACAGUGUGAGGUUGACAGUUGAAGGGCACGAGGACAGCAGGCAGAACGAAAGCCUCGCCAUGGCCUAGCUCAGCCCCUGAUGAAUCUGUGCUUUCUCCUCAGAUGAGCUCCGAGAUAAUGACAGCGUGUGUGACAGUGGUGUGGAGACAUCCUUCCGCAAACUCAGCUUCUCGGAGUCCCUCACUGGAGAUGGCCCACUGCUAUCUCUGAACAAAAUGCCUCACAAUUAUGGGCAGGAUGGACCUAUAGAAGGCAAAAUUUAGCCUGCUGGCGGUUCCCCACACUGUAAACCAAAGCCCUGAAAGGCCAUCAUAUCGUUCCGAAGGAGAAGGCAAAAAACGCAUCCCAAGGUGCUGGAAGGUCACCGGCCUGCAGGGUCAAUCUUGAUGUCAUUCGAGGCCUUCCGAAUUUGGCUUCCUUUCUUGGCUCUGAAAUGAAAUUUAGUUGUCAUAUACAGAUGGUGUCUAGCAAUCACGGCUGCACUCGGUGUGGCUUGGGGUAUGGUGGCUUGAGCUUUUCCAGCUGCUAUUGGAUUACACUUGCUUUGUGUUGUCACUGCUGUCCCUCUGCUGGGUCCCCGCUGUCAUUAAGGUAUCGCAGUCCCCACCUGGUGUUCUUUCUAGCCAUCUACAGUACAGUCAUGCACUCAAAUUAAGAUUAAGGAAAAAGAUAUUUUUAAGUGAGUAACUUCAUGCGCAAUAAAAAAAAGACAUGGCUUUUUCUAAUGUGGUUUAUCUGUGAUUUAAAAAAAAAAAAGACAUGAACUUAACAAUAUUUAAAACCUGCUAUAAUCAGUGCUGAAAAUAGUAUUUUCCCCCUUUUCUGCAUUUUACUAUUGUAAAUAUGUUUUCUAAAUCAAAUACUUUAAAAGAAGAAAUGUUGGAUUUAUAAAUGCUAUUUUUUAUUUUACUUUUAUAAUAAAAGUACAAGCACACUGUUGACCUCA